GGGCGCUUAAGCAUGGAAACAGCAGCCUCAACUGGACUGAUGUUCUCACUAAGAUACAUCCCUGCUAUAAAAUAGAUGUCUCGUACGUGCUGAGAAACAACCCUUCUGCAAUCUGUGUAUUGUUUCACGUUUUUCUUGGCUCAUUAUCUGUUGUAACUGUAGGUGGAAACCUGCUUGUAAUAAUCUCAAUCAUUUACUUCAAACAGCUCCACACUCCUACUAACUCUCUCAUUCUCUCUCUUGCUUUGGCUGAUCUGCUUGUUGGAGUAAUAGUAUUUCCUCUCACCAUGGAAUUCUCUAUAACCUAUUGUGUGUACCAUAAAGCUUUAUUUUGCAAAGUACGGAGCACCUUUGAUGUAACGCUGUGCACAUCUUCUAUUCUAAAUUUGUGUUGUAUUUCUAUUGACAGAUAUUAUGCAGUGUGUCAGCCUCUGACCUAUAGAACUAAAAUCUCUGAUCCUGUUGUUGUGGUUAUGAUCUUGGUGAGCUGGGGGAUUUCUGUCUUUAUUGGUAUUGGUUUCGUAAUUUUAGGAACUAACCAGGAAAUUCGGUUGAUUGAUGCUAUAAUGGCAAACAUUUUCGGACUUGUUUUCUCAUUUGACCUCCCAGUGAUUGUGAUGCUGUGUAUCUACCUGAAGAUUUACGUUGUGGCACAGAAACAGGCACGCAACAUCCACAACACAACAACAAAGUCUGGGGCAACUGUCAGUAAGAUGGAGAGAAAGGCCACCAAAACUCUUGCUAUUGUGAUGGGAGUUUUUCUGAUGUCUUGGCUUCCUUUCUUUCUUUGUACCACUGUUCUUUCUUUCAGUCAUGUCUUCAUGCCACUUCCUUUUAUUGAAUUACUUAAUUGGCUUGCACUGUCAAAUUCAAUGCUCAACCCACUUAUUUAUUCUUUCUUUUACAGAUGGUUUAGAACAGCUUUCAGAAUGAUAAUUUCUGGGAAAAUAAUUUCUGGGGAUUUUACUAACUCAAAACUGCUCUGA